AUGUGGUGUUUGUUCCGCAAGUUUUUCCCUCGUCCCUCAGCCUCCAUCCUCCAUCCAUCCAUCCCAUCCUCCAUCCACGAGACUCCAACCCACUGUCUUCUCUCGACAAGGACUCGAGGCCACACGAGCAAGCCACAAGGGGUGAACCCGAGACACGUGAACACCCCCAACCCAGGUAUCCACGGCGGGCGGGCGGGCGGCCUCCAGUCGUGCCUCCAGUCGUGCCUCCAGUCCCUGAGCCGGACGUAACUCUCGCCUUAGCCGCACGACUAACAACACGCUCGGAAGGAACGCGCGCGCUGGACGCUUGACGCUCAUCGCUCCGUGAUUCCCGCCCAGUGGAAAACCACCCCAGGAGUCCAAGAGGGAGCCGAGGCGGAGCUCCAAGCCGCCAUCCGCUAAGCUCUACUGGAGAGUCUGGGCCCCACAUCCAGCCCGCCUACCCCGGCCACCCACGCGGCCUCUGACCUUCCACCGCCCCGUCAGCAUGAUGGCGGCCCAGGUGGGUGGGUUCAACGGGAGUGCUGCCAAUGCCCCGUCCUUGUACAAUCAGCCCCCACCUCCGUCUCAAAUGGGUUCGGCCGCACCCAUGCCUGCCACCGGGGCGGGCCAUUUGGCCGGCUACUCGAUGGCGGCCGGAGGUGCCAAUGCCCAAUUAGGGACGGGGGUUGCCCCCACGGGGGGGUCGAGCCGUAAUAACGGGGACGCGUCCGCGCCGGCUAUUUACCCCAUUACGCUGAAAGUGAUGUUGAGCCGCGACGAGGCCUCGUAUCUGUUCGGGUUUGACGGUGUGCUUCUGGGUCAGUUGCGGCAACAAACCGGGGCCCACAUCAGUCUGACGGAUCCGCAGAGCUUCGAACAUGUUUUGGCCAUCGGUGGAUCCAUCGACGUCAUCCUGAAGGCCUUCAGCUUGGUUUGCCGCAAACUCUGGGACUUCCUCAUGAGCAUCAUUGGACCCAAUAUGUCCAAGCCACUCAUCAUUCGAUUGGCCGUACCCGCUUCUCAGUGCGGCACCAUCAUCGGCAAGCAAGGAGCCAAAGUCAAGGAGCUGCGCGAACUCUCGGGCGCGUACAUUCAGGUCUCGCAAGAGAGCUUACCCGACUCGACCGAGCGCGUGGUCGAGAUCUCGGGCACGGGCGAGUCCUGCGUCCAGUGCACUUAUCACAUUUGUUCCUUGCUCCAAGAGGCGCCGGUGCGGGGCGAAGUUGUACCCUAUAUUCCCUCGCUGCAAGCCGGCGGUGCAUCGGGCCUGCCCGACGCCUUUCGUUCGGGCUCCGAAACCUGGCGACCUGUGAUAUUGUGCGGCCCACGCGCCUAUUUGAUCGAUGGCGACGUGGCCCGGCCCUGUCCCCCCGAAAUCCUCCGCCACGCUCUAGACAAUGGACGCGUGAAUGAGACGUACGCUUCCGGACCCGCCCAUUCGGGCGUGGAUCGAGAUCCCACGGGUCGUCGUCCCGCCUAUAUGAACCCGGAUGUGCUGCUGCAAGCCAUCACCAAUGCCCCCCAUAACCAGACUCAGACUUCCGAAGAGAUGGCCAUACCGGCCCCCUAUUUGAGCUCCAUCAUAGGCCCGGAUGGUCAGAAGCGGGCCGAAAUUCGUCAGAUGAGCGGUGCCCAAAUACAUGUCGAGGACCCCGGAUUUUUGAAGCAGAGCGGGGCCGAUCAGACGGUUACCAUAUCGGGUACUAAGGAGUCCAUUACGUUGGCCAAGUUCCUCAUUCAAUCCACGAUUGACAUGUUGACCAAAGAGCAACCCAAUCUGCCCAGCGGGGGCCAGCCCGUGUCCAAUAUGGGACGUCUGGGCUCCAAUCCUGCGCAGGUUUUGCCUCCCGUACCUCCGGCUUUCCACGGGCCCUCAUCUCAACAAUCACCCAUGUUUGGGGGCGAUUAUGCGGGCUACCCGGAGGAUCGUUCGAUUCAAUCCUCUCAAUAUUCUGCCAAGAACGUGCCUCGAGACCCGCGCGACCUACGUGAUCCUCGCAGACCAUCCAUGGAUCGCGACUACGAAGGCCACAACUCAUCUUCUUCCUCUGGCCAUCACCAUCAUCCAUCACGUGGUGCCCAUUCCUAUCGGAAUGGUGGCAGCGGAGUAGGAUUUCGAGGCGGUCGUCGGAGAUGACAUGAAGAGGUUCAUUCCAUUAAUGGUGAUGCUGACUGACUGAUAAUCAUUUAUAAACAACUCAUAUUAUUAAUUGAUUGUGUAAUGUAUGUUCGAAGUUGUAGAGUGCUACUAUCCACCCGAGUUGAGAAAAUCUAGCUAAAUUUUGAAAGAAAGCUAAUACACAAAGGAAUGCUUUCAUAUUUUAAAGCCAAAGUGGUAAGAUUUUCUGCCAACCAUGCGAAAAAAAUGGAAGGUUCUCUAAUGGUUUUUGCUACCUUUUAAUACGAGUCGACCGAAAUGUUUGAUUUUGAUACCCACCCAGACUUCAAUUCUAAUAUAAACUGUUAUUGCCAACAAGAGGA